ACUCACGGGCACCUGCCCUUCUCAAACAUGGUGGCCGCGGCGCCCCUGGAAGCGAGCCGCUCUGGGCGCCGCCUUUGAUCUCGUUGGUGGGACGGCGGGAUGAGAGCUGCACUGCGCGGGACCAGUGGCUGGCGGCGCCCGACGGAGCAGGACAGGAGGGAGGAGCUGGCUGCCCCUGGGCCUAGUGGGUAGGGGCAGGCAGGAGGAGGGCCUGAUAAACCUACAUCUGUGUCCUUUCAGAAGAGGAGAGAGAAUGGAGCUGGAGAGGAUCGUCAGUGCGGCCCUCGUUGCCUUUGUCCAGGCGCACCUCCCAGAGGCUGACCUCAGCGGCCUGGAUGAGGUCAUCUUCUCCUAUGUGCUCGGGGUCCUGGAGGACUUGGGCCCCUCAGGUCCAUCAGAGGAGAACUUCGAUAUGGAGGCUUUCACUGAGAUGAUGGAGGCCUAUGUGCCUGGCUUCGCCCAUAUCCCAAGGGGUACGAUAGGGGACAUGAUGCAGAAGCUCUCAGUGCAGUUGAGUGGUGCCAGGAACAAAGAGAACCUGCAACCACAGAGUUCUGAGGUCCAAGGUCACGUGCCCAUCUCCCCAGAGCCCCUGCAGCGGCCUGAAAAGCUCAAAGAAGAGACUAGGGCUUCUCCUGCUGCUGGGGAUACUCAAGAUGAGGCAGCCAGUGCUGAGGAAGAGCUGCUGUCAGGGGUGGAUGUACUCCUGGAGGUGUUCCCUGCCUGUUCAAUGGAGCAGGCCCAGUGGGUGCUGGCCAAAGCUCGGGGGGACUUGGAAGAAGCCGUGCAGAUGCUGGUAGAGGGGAAGGAGGAGCCUCCAGCCUGGGACGGCCCCAACCAGACCAGGCUUUCCUCCCUGCAGGACCUAUCCAGGCGCCUCAGAGGCCCCCAAAAGGAUGAUCUGAAGUCCUUCAUCCUGCAGAAGUACAUGAUGGUGGACAGUGCAGAGGAUCAGAAGAUUCACCGGCCCAUGGCUCCCAAGGAGGCCCCCAAAAAGCUGAUCCGAUACAUCGACAACCAGGUGGUGAGCACCAAGGGGGAGCGAUUCAAAGAUGUGCGGAACCCUGAGGCCGAGGAGAUGAAGGCCACCUACAUCAACCUCAAGCCGGCCAGAAAAUACCGCUUCCACUGAGUCGUCCGCCAGACUCUGCCAGAGGGAUGCAGAAGCCCUACCACCAGCAGGGCCCACCCGAACCCCUGACCCCUUCUCUUACCUCCUUUCUCCACCAUGUUACCUUCUCGGAGCUGCCCCUGGGCACAGUAAAGGUAGCCCCAAG